CCUGUUCACUUUCCUCCGGCUAGCCAGCACCCGCUCUCAUUGCAGUUUGAAAGUGAGCUAUGUUAUCUCGUUGAGUCCAAUCCACUCCUGUCGUUGUCUCAGGCUGCGACUUCAUGCUCAACAUCAAUCGGUGGAGCUCUUUGACGUUCACCGCCAGUUCGAAAUUUGAGUGGGUGAAUCGCUCACAUUCGUGAACGGACUUCUGUUGAGUGACAGUGAGGAGGUUGAGGAGGUGGGCUUGUCGUGGUGUUGACAGUGAUUGUUAAAGAGCUUCCAUUGAAUCUGUAAAGCGCACGAAGGAAUUUGGCUCGAGAUAUUCUUCAAUUCUUCUCACCUUCCAGGUCGUUCUCCGCUGACUAGCGGUCGCCAUUGCGUGAAUUCGGAAGACGUGAGUGAAGGAGUCGUUUCUGGUUCUUAUAUCGGCGACUGGAAACAGCGGCCUUCUGUGCAUGCGGGACCGAAAGGCGACAGGGCUCUGUGUGUGACGACCUGCGCAAAGCGUAAAGCCUCUGUUGAGUUUGAGUUACAGUCGAGAAGGAUUUGAGUAGUUUAGUACCAGACGGGCUCAGGUUGUGCAGACUCGAAAUCCGGCCAAUGUGCUUGGGUGACGACUGUACGCUGGACGACCUGUACAUCGAGAACGUUUUGGUGACAUGUCCACCGACGUAUCACGUUAUCCAAUCUAAGGUGAAAUCAGAUUUUCAUCCUGACAGACGGUUCAGGAAGAUUGAACGUCAACGUAAGGGGGUGAUCAUCAAACAGGCGUGGUGAGGGGCACGGGAGGUGCCAGAUUGUAUUCCUGGUUGGGCUGUAAUUGGAUCGUGGUGUUGUAGCUGCGCAGUUGUUGCUGCCUCAAAGAGCCCAACCGUUGUCCUUCACACUCGACUCACACUUAGAACGCUGAGACUUCAAAAUAAGUUGACAGUGAAUCGUCUCUACGCUGCCGCGGUUUCACCAUGGGUGCAUUAAUAUGUGGAAAAGUAUCCGCGAAGAAGCUUUCCUUCACCGUCGUGGUUACGGCUUUGGUCUUCAUCUACACCUUCGUCUACUCAGAAUUCGGAAGAAUUCUUGAAUCAAAGAGGUCUGAGUUGGUGACUUCUACGGCAAUGAGCUUCAGCACCGGGCCAUUUCUCAGACUCGAUGAGAUCGGCGACCUGAAGAGGAGAUCGAGGCAAAGCAGACGUCUGCUUAUCUCAGGCAUGGAGACGAGGCAUGAGUAUAAGAGCACGACACAGUCGUUCGCAGCUAAUAUCCGAGACUUAGAUGCCCGUCGUGUGGGUAGAAGCGUCGUUGUUUCAAAACGGAAUCGUCGUUUCGUAGCUAAUAAUGUUUGCACAGAUAAAGACAUUAGCAUUACCCAGAGCCGUGAUGGCACAACCGGCAUUCCACUUUACAGUGUUCAAAUAACCAAUACUUGCAUGUCUGACUGUGCCCCUUCAGACAUACAUGUCAAUUGUGGCUGGUUUGCAUCUUCUCCUCCCCCCAAUCCAAAUGUCUUUACGCGCCUCGCGUUUAACGACUGCCUUGUGAAUGGUGGCAAGCCUCUGCUGCAAGGUAACAUCAUUCAGUUCCAGUACGCCAAUUCCUUCAUGUAUCCCCUUACCUUCAAGUCCGCCAAGUUUUGUAGAAUCUGAACUGUUAGGGGUUGAGAAAAUUUUGUAGAUAUUCAUAAACCAGGUAUAGGAAAGGAACUCUCCGAGAGACAAUUAUCUCCGCACAUCUUACGCCCACGGCGCAGAGGUCGCGUGAGUUGUCAUGUGCAUCAUAUGCCACACGUUUGCAUCCCUGCGAGUGUGUUAAUUUUUGAUCGAUACGUACAGAUGAGCGUCCCCUUUAUGAACGGGACAAUUCGAGUAUAGAAACCACUUCUAUCCAGGUCAGGUCGAGUGCCUGGUUUAGAUGGUUCUCAAUCGUGUUUACUUCUCCAUAUAUAUAUAAUAUACAUCCGAUCUAACGAA